AUGGUGUCCAGUUUCACCGUCGUCGUCCUUGGGGUGUUCAUUGCUGUAUUGGCCGCUGCAGAAAUAGGUUCCAGCUUUCCGGACAACCUAGAAUCGCAGAAUGUUAGAGAAAAAUCGUUUCUUGAACCUCGCACCUAUGUGAAAUACUGUUCCUAUGGACGUUGGAGGUGGCCAGACGGAACUCUUUGCAAGAUUCGCCACUGGGUCUAUGGAUAUUGCAAGAAUGGGGUUUGCUCUAUUCCGACGCCAUCCACAACUACAGCCAGACCUGUUCCUCCGCCUGGACCUACCCCAAACACACGCACCCCAACUACGACAGCAGGUUGAGCAGCCAAACUCAAUCCAAUCACCACAACAGCUCCUCCGGUCAAAUCCACUACGAUCCUCAAAACCACUCCGAUUAAAACCACCACAACAGCUCCUAAUACCUAGGGUAGCUGUGUAGACCGUUGUGCUACUCUCCUGCGCUUGCGGAGCAGAGUAGCAAAAUGGUCUCUUUUUUUUUUUUUUUCUUUUGUCCAAAAUCAACGUGGCAGCGUUAGUCCUACAGGUGGUGCUUCGGCGGUAACUGUCAUCCUCAAAAUCCUGCUUGCGUACGCUGCCUAAUGUGUGUGGUCGUUGUCUACUCAACCUUGGAUUAUUUUUGGCACGUGAUAAUUUCUUCACCAAUGAAGGGUUUGCGGUAAGAAUAAAAGAAAUGCACUACUUUGCUACUGUUAUUUAGUUACUCUACUCCGACCGAAGACACCGCUACACCUCUUGUCCCCCAAACCAUCUCCGUUUCGAAUUGGACCCACACCUAUACCGAAGCAAAUCCGAUCAUCUAUUCCAAAACAACCCUGACUCCAAAUACGACUACGUCAUGAUGAAACAUUGCCAUCAAAGUUUUAUAA